UCCUCUGAUUGGUCAACUACCCGUUUCGUUCAUUUGACAAGCAAAAAUAGUGCUAGGCUGAGUUUGGUUGCAAGAAAAGAAAAGCACCGUACAUUAUCUUACCGUGUACACCGCAAAGAUGUCUGACGACCGAACUGAAAGAUCCGAUGGGAAGAUUGUGAAGAUGGAGGUCGACUACAGUUCAACUGUAGACCAGCGUCUCCCGGAAUGCGAAAAAAUGGCUAAAGAGGGGAAGUUGCAGGAGGCCAUUGAGAGCUUGUUGUCAUUGGAGAAGCAAACUAGAACGGCAUCAGACAUGUUGUCCACCUCCAGAAUCCUCGUGGCUGUGGUCCAGAUGUGUUAUGAAGCCAAGGACUGGGAUGCCCUGAAUGAAAACAUCAUGUUGCUCACCAAAAGGAGGAGUCAGCUGAAACAGGCUGUUGCCAAGAUGGUGCAAGAAUGUUACAAGUAUGUGGAUGCUGUGACUGAUCUGACCAUCAAGCUGAGACUCAUCGACACACUUCGCACUGUGACUGCUGGCAAGAUCUAUGUAGAGAUUGAGCGUGCCAGGCUGACGAAGACCUUGGCCAAUAUCAAGGAGCAGAGCGGAGAGGUUAAAGAGGCAGCUUCCAUUCUUCAGGAGCUGCAGGUGGAGACAUAUGGCUCCAUGGAGAAAAAGGAGAAGGUGGAGUUUAUCUUGGAACAGAUGAGGCUUUGCAUUGCUGUCAAGGAUUACAUUCGCACCCAGAUCAUCAGCAAGAAGAUAAACACCAAAUUCUUCCAGGAGGAGGGCAACGAGGAAUCGAAGCUGAAGUACUACAACCUAAUGAUUCAGGUGGACCAGCACGAGGGCUCAUACCUGUCUAUCUGCAAACACUACCGGGCCAUCUAUGACACCCCCUGCAUCUUGGAGGACAGCAGCAAGUGGCAACAGGCCCUGAAGAGUGUGGUGCUGUACGUGAUCCUUUCCCCUUACGACAACGAGCAGUCAGACCUUGUGCACAGAAUUAGUGCGGACAAGAAACUGGAAGAAAUCCCUAAAUACAAGGACCUUCUGAAACAGUUCACCACUAUGGAGCUGAUGCGCUGGGCCUCCCUGGUGGAGGAUUAUGGGAAGGAGCUGAGAGAGGGCUCGCCUGACAGCCCUGCCACAGACGUCUUCUCUUGUUCAGAGGAGGGGGAGAAAAGGUGGAAAGACCUGAAGAACAGAGUGGUGGAGCAUAACAUCAGAAUAAUGGCCAAAUAUUACACCAGAAUCACAAUGAAGAGGAUGGCCGGACUCCUUGACCUGUCUAUUGACGAAUCCGAGGAGUUCCUCUCCAGCCUAGUUGUAAGCAAGACCAUCUAUGCCAAGGUCGACCGGCUUGCUGGCAUCAUCAACUUUCAGAGGCCUAAAGACCCCAACGACCUGCUCAACGACUGGUCGCACAAACUCAACUCUCUCAUGUCUCUGGUCAACAAGACCACGCAUCUCAUUGCCAAGGAGGAGAUGAUCCACAACCUGCAGUGAAGCAAGAACAGUGCAUUAUUGUAUGUUUUGAUUCAUAUUUGUUUUUUGUUUUGUUUUUUUCCUUCUGUGGGAAUGUUUUUGAAUAUACGGUAUAUUGGCAGACUGUGAAUGCAGUGUUAUUCCAAUGUCAUAUAAUUGGAGAUAAAUCUGCAGCACAUGCACUGCACCCCAACUUUGUUCAUUUUUUUACUGUCCAGUAAAACAUUGACAAUAAACACAUGAGCACCUCC